GUCAGUGCUGCACAGAAUUUUAAAUUAGUAUCAAAUUCAAUUGGAGUCAAAUGAUGAUAAUACAAACGGAAUUUAUAAAAAUCGACGAUGCCCUGGAAAUCUGCUACUCGAUGGAGGACGACCUGCACGAGUGUCUGGGUCUGGUGAAGACCAUGAACCGGAAGUACAAUGCUCCCGGGCGCUAUACCAUUUCCAUGGACCCCUUCGCCGAGGACUAUCCUCUGUACAGCCCCGAGUCCACGGAGCAGGAUGCGUCGUCCCUGCAAAACGCGGACUCGGAACUGGAGAUGCUGAGCCAACUCUACGGGGCCAGAAGUGCCCAGGAGCUGGACGAGUCCUACGUGGACGUGCGGUAUAAGUUCAUCAAGCUGAAGCGCGACCUGGAGGGCACAGUGACCCAUUGCCAGAGGAUCACCGACUGUGCGGAUCGCCAGGAAAGGGUCUCCCAUCGCAUGCUGAAGAGCUCCGGUGGCAGCAAGAAGAGGCUGUGCAAACACUAGGGAUGCCAAGUCCUGCCAACUAUUCCAUCAAAGUCGGGGAGCGUGUGCAAAUUGCAAAUUGUGUCGACACUUGGCAGCUUUUAUUAAAAAUUACUGUCACCAUUA